AUGGCCCUAGCACAAGAAAGGGGGAAACAGAAAGAUUUUGAACUUCAGAAGUUGGCAAUGAAAGAGGAAAGUCGACUGAAUUUGCAAAGUUCAAAAUCUUCGAACAGUUUGUGUCUCUCUGUUCACGAGAAUGUUCUCAGGCAAUGUCACUUGCUCUACACGGACUCAAGUCAGGGACUGGUGGCAAUCGCCAAGCAGCUGGGACUCAGACUCUCGGCUCCAAGGAAUAAAAUCACAGUGAUGCUGAUGGGCAACCAUUCAGCUGGGAAAAGUUCCUUCAUCAAUUGGUACAUUGAGGAACAUAUACAGAAAACAGGAGUUGCAACCGAGACACAAGGAUUUCCAUUUGUCACCAGUGGAAAGAAAAGGGAGUCACUCCUGGGUCAUGCUACAUUACAUCUCUAUCCACAAUUCCAAGCUCUGGAACAGAUCGAAGGAGUGACAGACUACCUGACGACUGAGAUCAGCACCUCAAAGCAGAAAAUGUUUUUCCUGGUGACCUUCAUAGAUACACCAGGCCUUGUGGAUGGAGACAUGUCCUACGAAUUCGAUGUGGAUAAGGCUUUGAUCUGGCUGGGUGAGAAGGCGGAUCUGAUCCUUGUCUUCUUUGACCCGAUGGGACAAGCCUUAUGUAAACGGACGCUGAAUGUUGUAGAAAAGAUAAACGAGAAACACGGCGAGAAACUGAGAUUCUACAUCAGCAAAGCUGAUGAGGCCGGACACGAGAGUGACAGACAAGUAAUGAUGCAAAUAGCGCAAGAAAUAUGCAAAAGACCCGGACUCAAUAAGUGUGGCUUUGAUAUGCCGAACAUUUACAUUCCAGAUCCAAACAAGGUAGGCCUGCAACCGGCUUCUUGUGUGAAUCAAAUCCAAGAGGUCUGUACAACAAUUGAGAAAACCAUUAACCGAACAGUCCAGAAUACUCUGAACCAACUCGAGAAAGACUGUGAAUUGAUCAUUAACACAGCGGAUUGUAAACUGCAGGAGAGCAGUGAGCAGGCCUCCAGGAACAGGAGAGCGUGGAUCAUGUUUAUGUUUUUCAGCGCCCUAGUGUACCUGCCUCAAUUAUCACUGCUGACAAGUUUUAUCAUUUCAAAAACAUCAAGAGAAAACCUCACGGAUAUCAUCGGCACCGAGAUGGCGAAUAUUUUAUUCAUCUGGGCGUGGUGUGUUUCUACGAUCUGGAAUUGGUUAACUGGAGAAAGUUACCUCCUGGCUGUGAUCACGUUGACCGGAUUCAUGCUUGUCUCAAAGAUCCUUGCAAAGUGUUGCAACUGCUCAAAACCGACCCUAUCAAGGAAGGAGAGAAAGCAACUUCGAGCAAAAUGCGAUUAUGUCCAACGUGUUGUGGUUGAAAAAAGGGAACAUCUUUAUGAGAUGUAUCUCCAACAGUGCAUAUCGGAAGAGGAAAUAGAUUAA